CAUUCAGUAUUCACUUGGUUUCCAGCUCUUGGUGAAUAGUUGGUAUUUGUCAAUUACGAUACAGUUAUGAGUUUCAAUCUAAAUUCUGGCGAUUCAAUUCCCUUGAUUGGAUUUGGAACCUGGCAAUUGCAAGGCACAGAGUUGAUAAGAAAUACCCUUGAUUUCGCCUUGGCUGCUGGUUAUAGGCUUAUAGAUACCGCUGCUAUUUAUAGAAACGAGGAGGACAUUGGAAAAGCCCUGAAAGAACUUUUACCAAAGUACAAUCUGACAAGGAAAGAUAUUUUCAUUACAACAAAGUUAUCUCCCUUAGAAGAUAAUGCUGAUAAUGCUUACAGCGCAUUAGAACAAUCUUUGAAAAGAUUGGACUGCGAUUAUGUAGAUUUAUAUUUAAUUCAUCAUCCAGGGGUACUUGGGAAAAAGAAUACAGUUGAGUUUAAUUCUAAACUUCGCGAUGGAAAAUGGCAACAACUAGUUAAAGCUAAGAAAAAUGGACUGACAAAAAAUAUUGGAGUUUCAAAUUAUAAUGUUCGUCAUUUGGAAGAACUGUUGAAGAAUGAUCAUGGUGUUAAACCGUCCGUAAACCAGGUCCAGUGGCAUCCCAAGUCUCACCCAGAUGAACUAUUGAAUUUGUGCAAACAGUCUGGUGUGCUACUUCAAGCAUGGGGUUCAUUAGGAGGAACGGGCCACGGAGAUUUAUUAUUGGAUGAUCCUGAGGUUAAGAAAAUCUCGGAGAAAUUAGGGAAAACUCCAGCUCAGGUUCUUCUGAAGUGGGCGCUCCAGCAGAACCUUGGCAUUAUUCCUAAGGCAAGUUCCAAGAACCACAUCGAGGAUAAUAUGAAUUUAGACUUCAGUAUCCCAGAGGAAGAUAUGAAUACUUUGAACAACAUGAAACAAACAUCUGAUAUAUGGGAACGCCUCAGUGUUAUCUAAAUUAUUUAGCACUACCAGACAAUCAACUGAAUUAAAAAUUUUUGUUCGAUUUUUGUUCAAUGAAUAUUUUGUUAAAACCAAUGCAUUUGAAUUAAAUGAAUGUUAUCGAUCAAUUUUA